ACUGCGUACUCCUGAUUGAAAACCCUGCUCUAGACGCUUUGUGGUAAAGAGGAAAAAUAAGUAAGAUGACUAUUUUACUAAUAUUCAUUGCAUGUGCAUGAGUUCUAAAUAAAGCAACAACAUAAUGUGUAUAGGGGGAGCUGAGGACAGAUGCGUAACUCCCUCUGCAUCAUUGUAUAGCUACUGUCGUUUGGCGGGUGUGAAAUAACUUUCAGACUCAUUACCCUGAGUGUCCAAUAUACUGUAAAAUCACUUCAUUUUCAAUUUCUGUCAAGUCCAGUGGUUGUUCAGUGGUUUUAACAACCCUGUGUCUAAAGGAACUUACAAGUGCUAGUAUUUUUGUUAGUGUAGUGUCUUUUUUGUGUCAGGCUUCUCCCAGCACCCCUGAAGGAUACAGUAGAAGUGUCGACCUGGAAGAGCUGCUACACAAUGCAGGAAGUGAACUCCGUGUCUGGAUCUUCACUCCUCACUACACAUCCACAGCCCAUGGACCAGAGCUCCCUAAAGAACAGUGAUGUUCUUAUUCUGACUGGCCUGACCCAGAUCCCUACCGCCAACCCUGAUGGCAUGCUGGGAGAGUUCUGCAGCAACCUAGCAAUGACUGUGCGUACCGGAGGGAACGUGUUGGUGCCCUGUUAUUCCUCCGGAGUGAUCUAUGACCUACUCGAGUGUCUCUACCAAUUCAUCGACUCAACUAGCCUGACCACCAUCCCUUUCUACUUCAUCUCCCCUGUCGCAAACAGCUCCCUUGAGUUCUAGCAGAUCUUUGCUGAAUGGCUCUGUCACAAUAAGCAGUCAAAGGUCUACCUCCCAGAGCCUCCCUUCCCUCAUGCUGAGGUAAGACUAAUGCUAGUAGUAGACUAAUACACGAUUCAAACUGGGAGGUCCAUGUAGGUCAAGUGAAUUGAGUCUCCACCAGGGGUCACACAGAGAGUUGGUAGCUGAGAAGAGAUUUGAACCCCUAACACUUUCCUCAUUUCAAAUUCCCAAAGUGAAAUUAAGAGAAUAUUCUUUUUUUAUCAUUGUAAGAAACGGCAAGCCUGCCUCAUUGUUCAGGCAAUGCACUCUGAUUUGCACCUGCUACAAAGCUUUCAC